AUGUCCAAGCCAUCGCACUUUGUGCAGCGCCUGUACCACGCUCUCGAAAAGGCACCCGUGAGCAUCUUCCAUUGGACGGAUGACGGCACAGCCUUCGUGAUCCUCGACCGCGACCUCUUUACGUCGCAAAUUCUGCACGCGUACUUCAAGUACACCAAGUUUACGAGCUUUGAGCGGCGUCUGCGGCUCCACGGGUUUCGCCGGCGCAGCUUCGCGAGUCAAAGUCCAUCGCAACGCGUGCUCCUGACGUUCCAGCACCCACACUUUAUGCGUGACAACCGAAGUCUCUUGCGGCUCAUUACCGUGCCGACCCAAGGCGAGACACCAGCGGUGCCUAUUGCUGACGACUCCAGCGACCUCACGCAGAUCUACAGCUCGAUUGACGAACUUCAACAGCAAAUCACGUCUGCGACCUCGAAGCUCAACUUCCUCGUGCAAUACGUCAUGGCGUCGCCGCCCGACAACGACGACGACGAUGCGUACUACAAUGAGACUGAAGAUGACGCCGACAGCGACAUUUUGGCUGACGACGAGUUUGCUUUUUCGUGCAUCGCACCGCUCCCGGUGUGCCCCUCGGACUUUUCGGUGGCUGAAUGCCCCGUGACUACUAGUAUUGUGUAA